GUUCGGAGCAGUGCAUUAUUGCACAUUAUGUACACAUCAUUUACUCCCAACUCUAGCUGUUGGAUUCGCUUCACGAACACUGCAUCUUGGAAAGGGGAUUUCCAUAGGAGUUCUGUAGAGAUUUGGGAUGAUUUUACGGGCCGAUGACGUUUCAUUCAGCAAAAUGUCUCAUAGUUUCAUGUGCAGUGCUUUAAAUGAGUCAUCGUAUGUUGUGCCAACCAUACAUUUCAUCAGUAAUGGUUCGUAAUCACCGAUGAUAGAUGCUUGAAUCUGUGACCUUUUUGAAAAUACAAGUUUCCAGGUGUAUUGAAAUUGUCUUGUGACUCUGGCUCGAUAUUGCUUGAGGAUGUGCAAAGAAUAAUUUAUGUGAAUCCAGGCAUUCUUGUGUAUAUUUUAUUGAUAUACCUGCUAACAGCAAGGAGCUCUCCUCAUGAAUCAUUGGAUUCUCGGCGAUCGUUUCUCGUCGAUCACAAGCCUUGCUUAGCAAACAGGGUGUGGAUAGCUGUGUGUCAGGCCUAUCGAUGCUUGCCUAGUAUCUCCAACAUCUUAUAAUACAGUAGCAGGAGCUUUGUGCUUGAAAAAAAACACACUUUGCCUUGGACAUUUGCUUCACGUGUGUCGAUAUCAUCAACGAAAGGUUUUUAUUUGCUGUUGGCACAUCGUUAGACCUUUACUGAUCUUGAACGAUUAUUUUGUUUCAGAGGGUAUAAGAUUGAAAUGAUGCAUACAGGAAUGCGUUUCCUUCUAGAACAUUCUUGACAGAACAUUGAAUGCAUGUGCGGAGUAAAACUACAUGUAUGUUGGACAACUACAUGUAUGAAGGCUGAUGUGGAUUCUUAGAACCUAGCACUUGAACUCACACAAUGGUUAUGUCAAACGAUCGUGGAUAGUAAAGGAUUAAAAUCAGCAAACAUGAUGGAAUGCAUUUCGUAAUGUGCACUUCAUCUGACUUGAUAAUCCUUGGUCAUAUUUUUUUGUAUUCCUGAUGAAAAUCUACACAUUGUGAAAUUAGAAACAUCUUUGGUUUGCCAACUGAGUGACAUCCAAUUUGUUGGAGUUCCUCAAAGUCAAUGAUUUUUAUCAGCAUAUAGAUUGCCGAAUAGAUUGAAAGCUUCAGGUGUGCAAUAUAAAGGAACCUACUUCAUGGGGAACAGUUGUGUCAUCUUGUCAUCCUGACCCCGUCAUCACUUGGGAUGAUCACAAUGUUCCAUAAUUAGCAGGACACCCAGACGAAUUGUCACGCCAGAAUGACUGUGUAAAGUGUGUUGUGUGAAUGUUAUCCGACAUGCUCAAAGCUUCACUGCAGUCAGCAGCGAGAGAGAAAGUGCAGUCAUCUCUCUUUAAACCUUGACAAGGAAGGGAUGGAUACACAUGUAUUCUUCUCUUGAUAUACAUCUUUCUUUGGUUAGUAUCAUUGGAUAUUUCUUUAAAACUUGGAUACCAUUCCUGAUGGGUUAUGAAUUGCUUGUAGCGUUUGCACCGGAAUUUACACAAAGCUCCAGAUUUUAAGGUUCUGUCUAUCUCCGAUUGCAGUGUUCCAGCUUAUAGUGUGGGAAGAGUAGUCACUUCUGUCACAGAAUAUGGUGUGAAAGUUCUGUCUCUGCUCUAUGUGUCUAAUUAUCAAUACAACAGGAUAAUAAUUACAGCGCAAAUACUUUUUAAUAGUCAUUUUGAUUUGGAACAUGUAACUGAACUUGAACUUUUCGGAACUAUUAGUAUACAACAUUGUAUAUUUAUAAAGCAGAAGGAAGCAGGCUACAAGAUCUCAGUCAUAUUGUAAAAUCUCACUUGAUCUUUGAGGAACUCCUCUUGGAACCUCUGGCCUUAUCUUUGAGGAAUUCUCGGUCACAUGCCCUUUUUUUUGGACUCUCAUUUCAACAGUCAUCCAGCCCAGGACACUCUUUAGUAGUCCUUCAGGGACUUCACUAACUUUGUGGAAAAUUUGAUUCGUGUGUAGCGACUUUGGUUGUCUUUGAAUCUCACGAUGAGCAGUUCAGAGGAGGACCGUGUUGAUGGCCAUCUGCGAUGUCUUGAGAUACUUCCUUGCAUGCAGGGCGUGACUGAUCAACCACUCACAGAGAAGGGGUGGAGCAAUUCUGCUGCGGAGGAGGAUCAAAACCCCAUUCAGCAGGAGCCAACGGAGGUCAAGAUGUCGAAACCAAAGAGCCAGCAGCUCCCUCUACACAAGGUCAUCAUGGUGGGGAGCGGAGGCGUUGGCAAAUCAGCGCUCACCCUACAGUUCAUGUACGAUGAGUUUGUAGAGGACUACGAACCAACGAAAGCAGACAGUUACCGCAAGAAAGUCACGGUAGACGGAGAGGAGGUUCAAAUAGAUAUUCUAGACACGGCGGGCCAGGAGGAUUACGCUGCAAUAAGGGACAACUACUUCAGAUCCGGGGAAGGAUUUCUAUGUGUCUUCAGUAUAACAGAGCAAGAAUCGUUUGCCACGACAACAGAAUUCAGGGAGCAGAUUCUUCGAGUGAAGCAUGACAAAACUGAUGACCAAAUCCCCUUUUUACUAGUCGGCAACAAAUCAGACUUGGCAGACAAGAGGCAAGUCAGCGAAGAGGAAGCUUCGGAAAGAGCAAAGACGUGGAACGUGCCGUACGUUGAAACGUCGGCCAAGACGAGAGAAAAUGUUGAUAAAGUCUUCUACGAUCUCAUGAGGAAAAUCCGGGACCAAAAGGCACUAGAGACGCAGAAACAAAACGGAAAGAAGAUCAAGAAGAAGACAUCGGAGGGCAGGAGAAAGAGGAAAUGUAUCAUAUUGUGAGACCGCGAGGGACGUAGACGUUUACAACUAACGGACCAUUUUUUGUGAUGGUCUAUUUAUUUCGCCUCUUUUUUAUAUAUAUAUAUAUAUACAGUCUAAUGAUGUAAUGCAAAUGGUGGAAGCUGGUCUAUAUCACAGGCAUCAAUGGGGAAAGUCGGGUUGUGGUGGAUUAAGGAUCAGGGGCGCGUUGCAUGACACUAAAAUUUGAUUGCAAAUUGAGAACAUCAAGCGCAACUUCACUAUCAGCUGGUCAGCAGUGUUCAUGUAGGACUAAUGAUUGAUUUUCAAGGAGUUUCAUUCAAGCACUGAUUUUCAUGCAACAGGGCUUCAACUGUUAUUGCAAUUUUUUUUUACUAUAACAAGUUUUAUGAAACGGGCCCCAGAUUAGGAACGAGAUUUCAUCAUAAGGGUGUAUAAAGCUCUUUGAAUGCAUUGUAGGCAACAGGUAUUUUCUGAAUACUGGGUGUGUAUUGCUGUAUAACCGUAUUACAAUAGAAAUUGCUAGAGGAAGAGAAAUAUAUAGGGGCCCCUUAUUGCCAAUUUCACGAUGAUAUCCUGGGUCCAGUCUUACAGAGUUGCGAUUGACCCAAUCAAUCACGACUAUGGACGGCCAGCAAUGUCAACAUCUAUUAUGCCUGUUUGUUCAAAAUAUUUUCUAACUAUGAUGUAUAUUCAUUGUUUUCUUAAAAAUUCACUGUGCUUCUCUUUGUUUACAAAGGACACUGUGCAAAUUUCCUGUAGAAAAAAUUAUGACAGUGAUGGAUUUCCAUAGAGUUCCGAUUGAUUGGAUCAAUCGUAACUCUUUGUAAGACGGUGCCCUGGUCUGGUUCUAAUAGUAUGAAUCUUGUUUUCUUCUUUUACUAGUAUCGCUAUUAAGAAUGCGAAUGUCCAUCUUGCCUGUGAUAUAGACCAUGAUAAGAGCGUACAUCAGGGUAUAUUCACAGCAAUCAUGGUAUAGGUGGUAUUUCAAGAAGCUCUUCGCGAGUUACGAUUGACUUACAACCGACCGGUGAUCCUUUCUUGUAAUAAAUGAUACACAUCAUACUUUCAUCGGUGGUGAUCUAGUUUCUAAGAAAGGAUCGCCGGUCCUUUGUAAAGUCAUUAGUAACUUGUGAACAGCUUUGUGAAACUCGCACCAAGCAGAGACUCUCGUGUAAUGUGAAAAAUUUGUGGAUGGAUUACACAAAUGGCUCACACUUCUCAACUACUGUGCCACAGUGACUGACUCAUACAUUUUUUUUAUACAAGUUUUAAGUUUAAUGUGUUACCAUCGGUUACAGGAUUGAUUUUAUCUCUUGUGUACAGGGGACUAAUGUUUCAGACCUUAGGAAAAAUAAACUGAAUAUUUCUUACCCCGAUAACAAGAAACCACUUUUUUUUUUACCCAAUUCAUCAAUGGAACUUGGAGAUGUCGAUUGGUAAACAAAGGACUGUGAGUACACCUUAAUGUAAGGUUUACUAUCAUUUAAUUGAUAUGAUACUAACAUGAGUGUUAAAUGAGGAGAAUUAUAUACUGACAAUUAUUAUAUUCAUGUACAUAAAUGAUAAAAUAUAAAUAGUCGAAAUAGAUCUGAAUAAUUUGUUUCACUUUCUAUACAUGUAUGUGAAACCUAUCAUUUAAAAGCGAAUGGCCGUUGUAUGUGUUAUGGCCUUCCUUAAUAUUGUAGACAUUUUUGUGUCUGAGUUAUCUAGGAAUUUGACAAUGUACAUGUAUUAAGUGUUUUUUUUUUUUUUAUUGUUUUACUUUUAGUGUUUAUUUUCAAAUCCAUCUAUGAAGUAAUAGAGUUUAUACAGUAGAAUGGUGUAUUGAUGCGUUCAAGUAUAAGAAGCAGUGCUGCAUACCAACUCUCAUGAGCAAUACACGAUUUUCAGUAUGUGGGACAUGCAUAUAGUCUACCAUACAUAUCAUGUUGUAUUACCCCAUUGACACACUCGAAUAUAAAAUAAAAAAAUCUUCAGAUAGGAAUUAUGGAGGUCCAUUGUAUAGAAUCUGUUCAAGUCCCAAAGUGUAUAACUAUUGUAUUUAUUUUGUAAUUUAUUUUAUUCAUAUAUCUUAGAUAUAUGCACAUUAUUAUACCAAUAGUUCCUCUGUCUGGGGAAAAACAAAGGUCAUGAAUAUUGUUCCAAAGUACCCCUUUUUUAAGUGUUGGUACAGUUGUUCUGUUCUUACCCCAUUGUUUUCUGGAGUGAAAAUGUGAAUUGUGAAUUCUAACCAUCUACAUGCAGUCUUGAAUACACAACAUAAAAUACAGAUUUUUUUUUAGCUUUGCAUUUUUGUAUUAUUUUACUAUGCUCUUUAAAUCUUGUACCGUAGUUAUCAAAAGCUCAUUUUUAGGAACAGAAGUACGAUCGCAAUAUUUUCUGUAGUCAAGAACUUGGUGUAGAUACUUAAUCCUGUGCUAGUCGAUAGCAUCGUACAUAUAUUGAUGUAUGCAUUUAUAUGUAUUUAAUUUAAUUUUGUUUACUUUUUAUGAUUAUACAUGUAUUGGAACAUGCUUCCUUCUUCCAUGAAAUUUGUAUCACAGGGGUACACCUUAUGAAUAUUCAUGUCAUGUUGUACACCUUAUGAAUAUUCAGGUCAGGUUGCUCGUAUGUUUUUCUAUAUAAAUUGAUACCUUCACAUGUUAGUUACUGUGUUCGUUUAUUAUAUUUCCUUGUAUGUAUCUCUGUAAAUAGUUCAAUAUAGCCUUAUCUUGCAUGAUCAUUGCAUUCUGUCGGAAAGCAUACAGAAUGGUGUGUAAUUGAGCUUCAUCUGGUCACGCUUAUUUUUUAUUUGUAAAUGAAACAUUUGUUAUUCUUUUCAUCCAUCACCUCCAAGUCGCAAUUAUUCAUGCAUUUGUGAAUAAUUUUUUUUUGGUUAAAAAGAAAACUCCAGAUAGCCUUCAGUUUUCUCCUGUGCUAAAGUCAGCUGCAGAGUUUCACUUUCUGACCAGAGUUUUUUCUAUGUUUAUCAUAAAGAUUUGUUGUUUAUGCAACAGGGAAAACUCUGCCAUAUACUGGUUUGGGGAAGUCAUAGCAGUUGUAAAAGUGAUGUUAAUGUCCUGUCAUGCCUUCCUCGAUACAACUCAUUGUCCGGACUGUAUGUGUAUACAUGUUGUGACAAUGACUUUUGAGUUUACAUUUGAUUUCUAGAAUGGUUACCGCUCUUUGUCUCUCUUUACAAACAUGCUCACUUCAGAAAACCCAAGUCCACUUGUGAUUGAUUACAAGGUCAGGGGGGUGUUUCACAAAGAUUAAGUAUGACAUAGAGUCGCAAUUAAAUGCCGACGCCUACAUGAUAUUCAACGGGCAAUCUUAUUAAUACGCAGUUGUGCGCGUCCUCUCGGCAUGAUCUGACCAAUGUGGUCAUGCCUUUCGUAACGCAUGCAACUAGGCGUUUAAGUGCGACUUUAAGUCGUAAUUAAUUCUUUGUGAAACCUCCCCCUGGUUACAGAUUGAUCAUCAAUCAUCUAACUCUUCACCAAAAUCAAAUAAUACUUAACACUUUCUCAACAAUAACAAAUUUUCACUUUUGUAGUAAUUCUGUGUACAAUUUUUAUAUUUUGGCUAGCAUUGUUUUAUAUCAAGCAACUUUUUUUUCUUUAAAGGAAAUAGUAGUAUUCAAGAAUUCAGGUAUAAUAAACUCAUCAAUGAUUUUCUAACCGAAGAACUGAGAUACUGAGUCUUGAAAUAGUAACCUAUGUAUACUGUAUGAUCAUCUUAACAGGUGGUCCAUCUUAAUUAUUAUGCACUUAUUGAUAUUUUGUAAUAAUGUUCAUGUAAUUAUACUUUUGAAGAUAUACAAAUAUGUGCAUUUAUGAAUUAUUUAGGAAUAUUUCUUUCAUUAUUCUAUCCUAAUGUGAUAUGCUAAUCAUUUUGAAGAAAAAUAAACAA